AUGAAAUCGAAACGACCCAUCAUGGGUAAACGUGGAAAACGUGCGAGAAAUGUAGUAGAAAAUUGGGAUUGUCGCAAGAAUCACAUAAAUUCGGAAAAAUUGGAUCCUGCUGAAGUUGAGCUCCAGAAAUGGCGUACCAAUCGAAUGAAUUAUCUUAAGUCUCGAGUAAGCCAUAUUCAUCUCAAAUCACCGUCACCUGUAGAUGUCGAGAAGUCAACCGAUGAGAGAAGCAAACAUGAUUCACCAACAACUUCCAAAAUUGCAGUAGCUGCUCAAUCACAGAUAGCUGAGAUGAUGAGAGCGAAGACUCCAUUAAGUAGUCGCAAGCCACUGGUACAAAGAAGUGUGUCAAAAUCGUUAUACAAAUCAGAAAGCUGUAUUUCAUCAUCUGGAAGCGGGAAUGUCAUGUUGAGUGGAACAGAUACCAUUAUUCCAGAAAUCAUCAGGGAAGCCGAUCCAGGACAUUUGGAUUUUGUAUCAGAUAAUGAUAAUGAAAAGAAUCCAGAUAGUAAACGCAUUACCAUCACCAGAUGUGUGGAACAAUCACAUAAAUCAUUGGAUAAGCAAGCAUAUCAUUGCAGCAGUUGUCCAUCAUUUUUCACAUCACGUCGUGGGAUGGCCAAUCAUUGUAAGCUUCAUGGCGCUAACAAAAGAUUUAAGUGUGCUUCUUGCGAUUUUGGUUGUGAUAACUAUAAAACUCUUCAAAUGCAUAAAGCGUUCCAUUCGGCAGCAAGCAAGGAAACAUCCGGAAACAUAACUUCAACCCAUCUUACCUUGGUAAUUGCUGGCAGUGAAAAUGUAAAGGUGGAAACAAAGGAAGUAGAUGAGAAAACAGGCGCAAUUAUUGCACCUAAUCGUGGAUUCGCAUGCAUCGAAUGUCCUUUUAUAUCACGUGAUCAGAAUCGAUUGCAGAUGCAUCUCGUUGGACAUCGUCGAACGAACGGAUUCAAAUGUUCCUUGUGUACUUAUAUGUUAGUUUACACCUCUCAUUAA